CCGCAGCUCGCACAGCUGCGCACCAAACCCUCGCUCGCCGGCGCAGAUGGCAGCGCACAGCACCGGCGCUCCGGCGAUACCUCGCUUCGCAGCUCGCACAGCAAGCACUUGAUUCGGCACCCCUCGUCUGUACGGCCGGCGACGGCGCAGGGCCCCAUGGAGAGGGCACUCAUGAGAGACCCGAUGUCCAAGCUCACCGACGACAUCCUCGUGGACAUCAUCUCGCGGGUGCCCUACAAGUCCACCUGCUGCUGCAAGUGCGUCUCCACGCGCUGGCGCGAUUUCCUCUCCCACCCCGACCACCGCAAGAAGCUGCCCCAGCCCCUCGCCGGCUUCUUCUACCAAGGCUACAACAGAGACCGCUUCCCCAAGAUAGCUCGCUAUUUCACCAAUGCUUCAGGGGAAGGUGACCCUCUCGUUGACCCGUCACUAUCCUUCCUGCCUAGAUACAGUAGCCUUGAGAUCCUGGACUGCUGCAAUGGCCUCCUCCUCUGCCGGUGCUGGAAGCCCACUGACCCCAAGACAUUGGAUUAUGUGGUGUGCAAUCCGGCCACCGAGAAAUGGGUUGUUGUGCCAGCCACGGAAUGGUCCAACAAGGUGAGCGUUGCUCGCCUUGGGUUCGAACCCGCCGUCUCCUCCCACUUCCAUGUGUUCGAGUUCAUUGAUGAGAAGGCGUGGGUUACAGAUGAGUCUGAGCUUAACGAGUGGACUGGAUCUCUCGAGGCAGUGGCAACCUACUCAUCCAAAUCUGGAGUUUGGACGAAUCCAAUUGCUGUCAGCACUAUAGUUUCGAUACCCACCCAUUCAAAAGGCGUUUUUUUCAAUUCCAUCAUGCAUUUGGCUGCAUUUGAUGAUAUGGUAGCAACCUUUGAUGUUCAAGGAAAUCUUCAGUCGAUCAUUGAUACUCCUGAUUUGCCAUAUGAUUCGCCUGUCAAUGAUGUUUUCGUAUCACGGGGACAGUUAUAUUUUACAGGUAUCACUCGUUCUGAAUUUGGUCCUUCAAUGUCAGUCUGGGUUCUUGAGGACUAUGAUCUUGGAGAAUGGACCUUGAAGCACACUGUCAGCCACUUUGCUCUGUUCGGAACAAACUAUUCAGGGUGUAAUUACAAGGUCAUCUCAUUCCACCCAGAGCGUGAUAUGAUAUUCGUAGUUUACGGGGAGGAGAACACACUUAUGUCAUAUGACAUGGAUUGCAGCAAGCGACAUAUUAUAUGCCAACUUGGACAGGAUUGCCAGCUUGAAGAUAUUAGCGAUGAAGAGAAGACUCCCUUUAUUCCAUAUGGUCCCUUGUACACUGAGUCAUUGGCAGAUGGGACCUAAACAUGCCUACUUGCGUAGACAACUUGCAAUUGUCUAUCUUUCCGAGGAAAUCUGUAUGAACUUGUAACUGUUGCACAUGGUGCUUGAGUGCACUAAUGUACCUGACUCUAUGGAGCUUAGCUAUUGGCUGUUGCACUUAAUUAGUAACUGAACUUAUGUUUGUGUCCUUGUAUAAGUAGCCCAUGCAGUUUCAUCAGCCCAGUACUUGACCAUGGAUAUUAUGAUCACUUUGUUGUACCUUAUUGUCAUAUCUUGAGUCUGGUUUCUACUUA